AUCAGACUAAUCGUACCAAUAGAAAUAGUAAUAAUCGUCAAAAUCCUCAUUCAAUAGCAAAUAUUGUUGGUAUCUCAGCUGAAGGUUAUUAUGAUUCACAAUCAAAUGUUUAUGGUAACUCUCGUGAUAAUCAACAACAAAAUCGUAUCCCUCCUCCAACCGCAACUAAUCUUCGAGUGUUGGACUCUCCAUCACGAUCACCUUACCGUCGUACUCGUACUGAACAAGAAAACGAUGAUGAAUUCCAAACUGUUACAAACAACAAGAGACAACGGCAAUUAAAUAACGAAUUUGUUGAUCAGUUCGAUGAUCAGCAACAGAAGUAUAAUAAUCAUUAUUCACCUCCACAACUCCAGCAACAAAUUUAUAAUAAUAAUAAUAAUUAUCGUCCACUUCUUAAUUCACAGCAACAACCUUUGAGAACAAUCCCUUCUAGUACAAGUCCAAUCUCAAAUCGUAGCCAACAAAAUCAACUUACGGGUCAGCAACAAAGUCAAGAACAACAAAAUAGAAUUUCAUCUGAAGCUGCUCGGUAUGCACAGACACGUUUUCCAUUUCAACCUUUCAUCAUUCGUUUUUCUUCGGGCGACGUAAAAGAUAAACAAGCGGCACAAGAAUUAUCAAAACAUUUCAAAGAAAAUCAUCGUUCAGAUGUUUCCAUCGCUAAUAUUCGUCGUUCUACAUUGAAAUGUCAACAAAAUGAGUAUGAUUUAUUAAUUUAUGUUAAAGAUUCUUCUUCAUUUACUUCACUGUUUCGUCAACAAAAUUGGCCCCAACAAAUUGGCGGUGAAAAGUUUAUGUUUCCUUCAACACCGUCUUUCCCUUCGCAACUCUCAUUUAUCAUUAAAAACGUGGACUUACGAACUAAUUUCGACGACUUUUCGGACGACUUGAAAACCACGUAUCCUGAAAUUCAUUCUGUUAUUCGGUUGAAAAAUAAACAUCAAAAUAGUAUAAAAUUAAUCAAAAUCGAAAUUCUAUCCGCAACAAAACGUGAGGAAAUAUUAACUGUUGGAAAAAUCAUUGUGAACAGUAUGACAUUCGAUGUUGAAGAAUAUUUAGCACCCGCUAAUGUAUUAAUCUGCUCAAAAUGCAUGGCUAUAGGCCAUUUUAAGAAACAGUGUACUCAAGUGAACGAAACAUGUAAAAUAUGUGGAACAUCCUGUGCUGACUUACUUCAACAUAAUUGUACGAUGGUCAGUAAAUGUAUUCACUGUGAUGGUGAUCAUAACUCUAAUGCAUUGAAAUGCCCAGUCGUUAAGAAUUUUCGGGCUGAAUUAACGAAAAA